GAAUCAGUCAACAUGCUGAAGGAGAGCCAGGUGUACCUAUGUAUCUUCUUUUUGCUUGCAUUUGGGAUAUUGUAUGAGUUCUCCCUAGAACCUGGUUGCUUCUUUUCCUGCAAACCUGUUGCUAAACAACUUGUGAUACCCCAAGAUGUCCUCUCCCAGGGGAGAAGUAUCAUCUUUCUGGAGACAACUGAUCAUCUGCAGCCUCCACCACUGGUUUUAUGCUCUGUGGAAUCUGCUGCUAGAAUCUAUUCAGACAGACCCAUCAUUUUUUUUAUGCAAGGGCUGAACAAUAGCACAAUGAUAGAUUUCAAGUUGACUUCCCCUUCGCUGUCUUUCUUAUCGGCUAUGAAGAAUGUUUUCCUUUUCCCCCUGGAGAUGGACAUUUUGUUCCAGGACACACCUCUGUUCCAGUGGUACCAUCAGGUGAAUGCAACACAGGAGAAGAACUGGGUCUAUAUUAUCUCUGAUGCAAUCAGGCUUGCAAUGGUGUGGAAAUAUGGUGGGAUUUAUAUGGACACAGAUGUCAUUUCCAUCCGACCCAUCCCAGUGGCCAACUUCUUGGCAGCCCAGUCUUCCCAGUUCUCCAGCAACGGGAUCCUUGGUUUUCAGCGUCAUCACUGGUUCCUCUGGGACUGCAUGGUAGAUUUUGUUCAGCACUACAACGGAGCCAUCUGGGGAAAUCAGGGACCUCACUUAAUCACAAGGGUGCUAAAGAGGCUGUGCAACCUCACAGAUUUCAAUAAUGUGGAGGAUCAGACAUGUCACAACAUUUCCUUCUUGCACCCCCAGCGCUUCUAUCCCAUCCCCUACACACUGUGGCAUAAGUACUAUGAAGUGUGGGAUUCAAAGCCAGACUUCGACGAGUCCUACGCUUUGCACCUGUGGAACUUCAUGAACAGGAAAGAGAAGAGAAAUGUGAUCAUUGGGAGCAAUGCCCUGGUGGAAAACCUGUUCAGAACACAUUGCCCUACUACUUACCAGAGUCUUAUUCAAGCUGCACAAGGAAGCAAACAGAUGUCUCAAAAUAAAACUAGCCCAUUGUGGUAAAGCAAAAGGAGGAUAUGUUACCAUAUGCAAUACUUAUCCUAUUAGGCGUAUAAUUUAGGAACCUUGGACUCCCAAGCAGAUCACCUUCCACUGCAAGAUGAUUUUUAAUAUUCUCAGGGGGGAUGGAAAUCAGAGAAUUGCAGACUUGGAAAGGGCCCUGAAUGAAAAGCAUCUCAAAGAAUUUCAUCUAAAGCAUCCCUGACACAUAGCCAUCCAACCUCUGCUUGAAAACCUCCAAAGAAGUAGCGUUCACCACUCUCUGAGGCAGGGGCGUAUGAAGUGGGGGGCGGAGGGGGCAGGUCACCCCGGGUGCCACUCUGGAGGGGGUGACAAGAUGACUCCUGCCUCCCCCAGCUGUAGAGUGGCCGAGGGCAUGCGCAGUCAGUAUGGGUGCCACUCGUGCAGCGUCCGUACAGGCUGCCUCUCGCAUGGCGACAUUAUGGGCUGCCGUACAUGCACACUCCAUACGAGAUGCCCCACAUGCACACUCAGUAUGGGAUGCCACUCACGUGGCAGCCCGUAUGGUCGUUGUGCAAGCGGCAGCCCAUACAGUCGUUGCAAGCAGUGU